CAGCCCAUCCUGCGGCUCAAUGUGCUUUGCUCUCUACGCCGUACUUCAGCGUGAGUUCCAGAGACAGCAGCUAGCAAUAAGAUCGUGGAGCAUCACCGAGGUCCCAGCUACACAUAAGGGACUUAAAGUUGUCACCAUCAAGACCCCCAAAUAUGAGCGAAUCGGACGUCGACUCUGUACUGUCCUUCAAUCUUCUCGAGGACCUUACCACGACCGGGCGGCCGCGUCUCGCCGAUAACAUCAGCCAGGUCGAAGCGUCCGGCUUCAGUAUCGUCCUUCGCGAGAAGCUCGUCCUUCACGGCGAGUGGGCGCCCGGCGAGGGUUCCGCCACGCUCCUGGUCUACCGCGUCGAGCUUGGGAACGGCAGCCUGAGCGGCGACAAGAGCCGACGGUUCAAGCAACUCAGUCUCAAGUUCCGCUUCGAGAGGGAUCCCAAGGCAACCGCGGCCGAGGAUCCGUUCGUAGGCGCCUACGCGCCUGCGCAGGGGACGUCCAUCACUUUCCUCCCCACCACCGUGCGCGAGACACGUGAGCAAGCAAUCAACGGGUCGGUGGAAAUGGACGGGCAAAUGGUGCCGGCCAAGUUCGUGGUGGGGUUAGAAAGUAAAAAGGGGUCCGAGUAUGAAAGGCAUGCCAGGGUGAAGAUCACGGAAAGGGCGUUGAAGACGCUCCGCGACGGGGGAAUGAGUCGAAAGGGGGAUGACCGCGUGGAAUGGUCUAUUCAGGAAAACCCAAAGGAAAAGGAUAUUCCCGACUCGUAUGGCCUGGCCAUCAUCGUCAGGAGGCCGGACAGAGCCAACUUCAAGGUUUCGUUCGAUCUGAAGGCGAAAGUCGACUGGUGGUACGACGUGGCUAGGAAGUUCCAGUUCGUGGGCGAAGAGCAGCGGUCAAAAACGUACAAUGUUUCGGCAAAGGCGAAGGGCAAGAUUCCUAAAGAGGUGGACUCUGCGAAUCUGAGCAAAUUGGAGGAGGGUUUGAAGUUGGAUUCGCUUUUUGCCUUCACUCAUCUCCCUGAAGAGAUGCAGCCAGUUCAAUGGUACCCUUAGUCGGAAGGAAUGUGGUGCUGAGGGCGGAAAGUGCGAAUUAUAUCAUGAGGAGAUGAAGGCAAGACUCAGCAAGAGUGAUGGAUACGCCGUAGGGGAGAGAGAAUGUGCGCAGAUAUAUUACGUCAACCCUAACCCUAUAUAAUUCUGGAAAGUCGGCAUAUUCUACAUGCACUAAACAAGCCUGGUUUUGCUAGCAUCUCAAUCAACGUUCAGUCAUGGAGGUGUUACUAAACAGCCAUUCAAUCUAGGGAUUGGCACGUUGUAGUGAUCUCAGCGUUCUGAUUUUGGAUUCCAAGGGGUCCCGCCGACGUCAGGGUUAGAGGCAUACAUGGGUACAUACAGUA